CGCGGCGCGGCGGCGCGGGAGAAGUUGGCUCUGGAGAGUGGUGAGUCGGAGGGGACCUCAGGCAGCAGGCAGCUGGGGCCAUGGCUUCCGACCUGGACUUCUCCCCUCCCGAGGUGCCUGAGCCCACGUUCCUGGAGAACCUGCUGCGGUAUGGACUCUUCCUGGGGGCCAUCUUCCAGCUCAUCUGCGUGCUGGCCAUCAUCAUUCCCGUUCCCAAGUCCCAUGAGGCGGAGGCAGAGCCAUCUGAGCCCCGAAGUGCAGAGGUGACGAGGAAACCCAAGGCCACUGCUCCUUCUGCAAACAAGAGACCCAAGAAGGAGGCCAAGAAGAAGCGGUAGAAGAGGCGGCCUGCACAGCCUGGCACGAGGGCCUUAAGGGCAGCCCUCCUGGGGCACAAGGUUUCAGGUGGCUGGGAUGCCCUGUGGCCACAGAGAUCUGGACAAUCAUGACAGUGCCCAGGCCCCAGAGUGCAGACCAGCACUUCUUCUUUCUUCCGCCUUCCUGAGGGGUUCAGGCCAAGGGGGCUGAAAUACCCUGUGAACAGAGACUGUCCUGGAAGCCUCUUGAAAAGUUGGGUCACCUCACAGAGUUCCAUUUUCUCAAUCCCCGUGUCGCCCACCUUGUGGGUUUACACUACGCUUUAGAGUUCUUAUCUACUGCCGCAAGCACCACGCUCUGCCAUUAUCCAUACCCCACAGAUCAGAUCCCCUGCUAAUCAGUCACCUUUGUCUCUGCUUGUGCAGAGGGAGCCAGGCCAGGCCUCCCCUGUUUGUUGAGGUCAAGGCGCCAAGGCCAUUAGCACAGUGGUCCCACUGGUGCAGCAACCAGGCCUUAAAGAGGCCUGGUCCUCCUCUAGCCGAUGGAAGGGAUUUGGCUUGAAUGAGUGUGUAUUCUUGAGCCCAGACUUCCUGAACAUCUCACAUAGCGGGUAAGGGCAGGGACUUGUCAGUCGCAGACGAACCUCUCUCCAGCCCAUCACAGCACAUUGAGGGUGUAGCUUUUUGCUUCUGUCUGUAUCCCCUCCUCUCCCUCCAGUUCCUUCAACCCCUGACCACAGUCAUUUGGGGAAGUAAAGGUCAAUGAAUGGCCCCGCA